AUGGAGGGUAUGAACACUAUUCAUAAUGGAAUUGAUGUGAAUGGCUUUUAUAAUGAUCAACCUAACAAUAAGUGUACUGUAAAUCCGAAGUCAUUUGGAGAAUUUAAUCCAUAUACGGAUAAUGGUGGAAGUUGUAUAGCACUAGCUGGAAGUGAUUUUGCAGUUAUUGUUUCGGAUACUAGAUUAUCUCAAGGUUAUCGAAUUGCAUCUAGAAGUGUAACACGAGUAUUUGAAAUAACUGCUAAAUGUGUUUUAAGUUGUAGUGGAAUGUUUGCAGAUAUAACUGCUCUACAGAAACUCAUACGUGCAAGAGUAAAGAUAUACGAGUUUGAACAUAAGAAGAGUCCUUCUAUUGGUGCUGUUGCUCAAUUAUUAUCAACAGUAUUAUAUUCUAAAAGAUUUUUCCCUUAUUAUUGUUAUUGUGCUAUAGCUGGACUAGAUGAAUAUGGUAAUGGUGUUGCUUAUGGAUAUGAUGCUGUUGGAAGCUUUCAAUCAGGCAAAUAUUUUGCAAAUGGAACCGGAUCUCAUUUAAUAAGUUCAAUAUUAGAUAAUCAGAUAUCUGGUAAUAAUCAAUUAUAUCCAAAGAUUCUAACUAAUAAGGUAGAUAUGAUUGAUUUAUUGAAGGAUGCAAUUACAAGUGCUAGUGAGAGAGAUGUAUACACUGGCGAUUCUGCACAAGUAGUAGUAAUUGAUGCUUCAGGAAUAUCAAUAAGUAGUUUUCCCCUUAGACAAGAUUAG